ACAAAUGUUAUGGAAAGCCUGUUUCCAAGGUGUAUUCUUUUUCUCAUUUUUCUAUCGUCAUUAUCAACAUUCCAAAUGGCGUUCGGGAACACCUACACCAAGAAUUAUGAAGAAGAAUUAUUUGAAAGAAUGGCACGAGUGUACGAGAUCCUCAGACGCCAUUUUCCAACUCAGAUUGAAACAACGACUUCAUCAACGGAUAACGUAAAUGGAGUUAUUCAAAAUGAAACUGAAUUCAAAACGAAAACCGGCUCUCAUAAAUAUAAGAGGAAAGAGGCUGAAAGCAUCAGAACACCACUUCCAAAACUCAAAAGUAUUCAAAAGCAUAAUUUUCGAAAAACCAUUAAAAUUUCACCCAGGACCCAAAAUCUCAUGAUAGCUAAUCUUGACAAGCAUAUUGAAGCUUCCCAGAAAAUAAACAGACGACUUUCUAAGGAAUUUAAGAAGCAUAAAUUAUGGCCUUCUGGAAAGCGAAGAGGUCCUCUGAGAGCAACUGAUUCAUCAAGAAAUCAUGGACAGUUUUCAAAAAUGGAAAAAGAACAAAGACGUCUUUGGCACCCAAGAGGUAUGAGAAAAAACCGCUUUAAGCAAUUAAGAUUUAACCGACCCAGAAAAGAUAAAAUUUACAAUCAAAUAAUGCCAAAACAAUUUCCUAAAAGAAGAGUUAAAGCUCAAAAAAGAGGAGAGGGGACCAAGGCAUUGCUUUCUGCAAUUCGUGGGCAAUCCAGUCCUUUUCUUUUAAACCAAACAUCUCAUACAGUAACAGGAACAAAAAAAUCCAAUGGCUCAUUAGUUUACUCUGAUAAGUCGAAGAAUUUUAAGGAACAAGAAAAUCAAAAUCCAAGUGGCGAUAAAAUAGUUUCAACUAUAGACUAUCCUGAAAAGUCCACUAUAAAUUAUCAUUCCCCUAAUUUAACAUCCCAUCCUUUCUAUUUAAAUCAAAAAUCAUCUUAUGCAAUAAAGGGCAGGAAAGAAUCCAAUAACUCAUUAGUUUUUCCUAAUGAGAUAAAGAGUUUUAAAGAAAUGGAAAAACACAUUAAAGAUAAAAGUGAAAAUAAACCCAUUUUAGAAGCAAACCACAAUCAAUACAUGCAGAAUGUUAACAAAGUAGAAAGCAGGGAAAAACACGAUGUUUUUUCAGAGAAAUUAGAUGACUUGAAAGAAAGUGUCCAACCUCAAUCGAAGAAUUCUGACUUUUGGAAAAGUCCUUACUUUAUUGGGUCUUUAUCUGGCUUUGCUGUUCUGACGGUGCUAGUAUUUUUAGUUGUUUGCGUUUAUUCAGUUGGAAAAGUUCGUAUGAAGAAAAAGAGAAACAAAUCUUCAUGUGUAGUCAAUAAACACGAGUCUCUGAACAAAUCUGAGUUUGCUUCGGGUUUUGAAAACAAUUCCGAAAAUGAACUUAGCUCUGUUGAUAGGAACAGAUCACUGAAUCGAAAAUCAAUUCAGACCAAUCAGGACAUACACAAUCGUUUUUCAAUGAAUCAUGAAACUGUAAGUACGGGGAAAUUAAAUAAUUCCAGCAAAUUUAACUCAGUCAAUGAUAAAAGCAGUGAUUUCAAACACAAGCCAAAUACAAACCCUGGUAAGAAAUUACAGGAACUUCACGGAAAUUUUAAAAUGAGGCAACAAAAGGAAAAUAUCCUACGUAAAAAACCAUACCCGGAAGCCACUCGGAUAGAUAAAAAUAAACAAUGUACCGAAAUGAUGAAACCAAGAAGCUCUAGCAGUGAUGCAUCGCAUUGUGUCCUUGAUCUCGUGCAGUCCCAAAAUGAAGCUUCGCAUUCGGAAAGCGUACAAAAUCAUUCAAUGUCUAUGGCUUAUUCCAAUGAAAAAUUGAAAGAGAUGCUGCUUUAUUUGGAUAGAAAUCCAUUGGGAUCACCCCACAUCAGUAAUCUCGAUAUUCGACAAACUAUUAGCAACUUGUUGACUUUAAAUGAAUCGAUUUGCGAGAGUUCAGAACGUACACCUAAGGGUAACACAAAUCACAACGCGAAAGAGGUGACCAAACGGCCAAAGCUGUUGCAAAGUAAAAAUAACGAAAGUGAUUUGUCAAAGUUUGAAAUUCUUUCAUAUUUACAUUAA